AUGGAGGCCCUCCACGAGGAGAUGCCCUUCGACCUCUCCUUCCACCCCUCCGUGCCCCUCGUCGCCACCUCCCUCAUCACCGGCGAGCUCCACAUGUUCCGCUACGCCGACGGUUUGCCGCUGGAGAGGUACUCGCGGUUGUUCGUGGCAAAACCUCACAAGGAGUCAUGUAGGGCUGUUCGUUUUGUGGACUCAGGAACUGCGAUUCUGACGGGAUCUGCUGAUAUGUCGAUUGUCGCUUCUGAUGUAGAAACAGGCAAAGUCAUUGCCCGUUUGGAUAAUGCACAUGAUGACGCCAUAAACCGCCUUGUGUGUCUUACUGAAACUACAGUUGCUUCAGGCGAUGAUGACGGUUACAUUAAGGUGUGGGAUACUCGGCAACGAUCUUGCUGCAACACUUUUCACCGCCAUGAAGAUUACAUAUCAGAUAUGACCUAUGUAGCUGGCUCAAAUCAAAUAUUGGCUACAAGUGGUGAUGGAACUUUAUCUGUGAACAAUCUCCGGGGUAACAGAGUAAAGUCACAAUCUGAAUUUUCAGAAGACGAACUCCUAUCUUUGGUGGUAAUGAAGAAUGGCCAAAAAGUUGUUUGUGGAACUCCAAGUGGAACUCUGUUGUUGUAUUCGUGGGGACAUUUUAAGGACUGCAGUGACCGUUUUCUGGGGCACGCGCAGUCUGUUGAUAACUUGCUGAAGCUGGAUGAAGAAACUCUGAUAUCUGCUGCAGCAGAUGGUGUGAUCAGGUUAGUGGGUAUCUUACCGAAUCAGAUAAUACAGCCGCUAGCUGAGCAUUCAGAAUUUCCAAUUGAGGCGCUUGGUUUCUCGCACGAUAGGAAGUAUCUUGGCAGCAUUUCACAUGACAAAAUGAUAAAGCUCUGGGACAUGGAAGAACUCCUGGGCGGUCCACAGUUAAAUCACCAGAACGACAUGCCCGAAGCCAACGCCGCCGUCCAUCACGACGAGUUGCCUGAAGCCAACGCGGCCGUCCACCACGACGAGUUGCCUGAAGCCAACGUAGUCGCUGGUCACCACGACGAGUUGCCUGCAGCCAACGCGGCCGCUGUCAACCCCAACCAGCCGGCUGAAGCUGACAGCGACGACGACGACGGGAUGGACGUGGACAUGGAGCCAAGCUCUUCCAACGUGUCGAGGAGCAAGAAGAAAGGCAAGGGCAAGAGGCUGGACGGGUUCGCGCCGGACUUCUUUGCAGAUCUGUAG